AUGUCAACAUUAGAAGAUGAAAAAUAUGGUCAAACAAUUUUUGCAUUUUGUGAUAUGUGUUAUGUUGUAAUUGAUGCUGAAAAAGAAAAAUAUUAUAAAUGUUUAUCAUGUAAAGAUUUUGUUGUUUGUGUUAAUUGUUUAUCAUUAACAAAAACAAAACAUUCUGUAGGACAUAAAUUUUCAUGUAAAAAAGGUCUUCCAAGUCGUUUAUUAUGGAUUCAAAAGAAUAUGGGAAUUACAUGUGAUCGUUGUUUUAGUCGAGAUUUUUCAGGUCGUCGUUAUCGUUGUACAAAAUGUGGAGAUUAUGAUGUUUGUGAAAAAUGUUUUCCACAUGUUUCAUUAUGUCAUCAAUUAAAAUUAGUACCAAAUAUAAUUAAAGCAAGAUUAAAUCAUAAAUUAAUGGUACGACGUGCUGUUGCUGCAUUAAGUAAUCCGGAUUCACCAUUUUAUGGUCAACCAUUUGAAGUUGUUAUUGAUUGGCCAAUUAAUGCUACACGUCGAUUAAUUAAUCAAAGAGAACAAGAAGAAGAAGAACAACAACAACAACAGCAAACACAAAGGAAAAAACAAGAAAAAAAAGAAAAUUCAUUUAUAUUUGACGAUAUUUUACGUUUACAAGAACAAAUGAAAGAAUUAGAAAUCAAUAAUAAAUCAAAUAAAAAAUUCAUUGUGAAAAAUGAACAUGAAACUGAAGAUUAUCUAAGAAAUAAACGUUUAGAAGAUUUUCAACGAAGACAAAAUUUACUUAAAGAUAUUGAUCUUACCAAUAGAUAA